AUUGGGCCACUGUUUGUUUAGAAAAAAUAGGGUUUUUACUAUUAGAUUGUACCUCAAAAUUCUCAUCAAUGGAUACAUCUCUCUCUUUCUCUAGACUCCUCUCUUCUUCCACCACCACAUCACUCUUAUCUCCCAAAACCAAAACCCUCUCUUCCAAUUUUACCCUCCCCCUCAAACUCAACCGUUUCAACCCAAAACCUCUCCGAUUUUCCACUUCAUCCAAAAUCUCCGCCACCAUCUCCGUCGGCGACAAACUUCCCGAAUCCACCUUCUCAUACCUCGACCCCGCCGGCGAAGUCCAAACCAUAACAGUUUCCGACCUAACAAAAGGCAAAAAAGCCGUUCUCUUCGCCGUUCCAGGAGCUUUCACACCAACAUGCUCACAGAAACACUGCCAGCUUAUCAUGUGCGAUUGUUCCAGCUUAAUAGGGUGUUUUAGAUUCGUUUUUCAAAAGCUUUGCGCGCGUAAAUUGAUUCUGAUUAUGGGAAUACUAUGCGGCUUUGUUUCUAGCAAUUGGGCUGAAUCAGUCAUCCAAUUCGAUUUCGAAAUGGCAACCCAAUUUGACAUGUUGUGCGAUGUUCUUCCUGGGCAUAAUUCAUGGAAGUUCAAAGUUCGUGUCCUCCGUAUGUGGGCAAUUUCUUCUUUUAUGAAGCCUAAUGAGUUGAACUCUAUGGAAAUGGUGCUGAUAGAUGAGAAGGGAGGUAAGAUUCAUGCCUUGAUAAGGAAAGAAUUGGUUUACCUAUUCCAGAAUAAAUUAAAGGAAGGGGAAGUUUAUAAGCUAUCAAACUUUGAUGUUGUUCCAGUCGUUGGAUUUUAUCGUACAACUCUACAUCCUUACAAAUUGAUUUUUCGAUCGAAUACCAAAGUUCAGAAUUUUGCGAGUUCUGAUAUUCCUAUUUUGGGAUUUUCUUUCACCGAUCUUGCUGAAGUGGCUAGCUACUCUGUUAACUAUGAUUACCUAAUAGGUAAUUUUGAUUUGAAGAACCUUACAAAUUUUGUAAUUUUCAUCGAUUAAUGGUCAUUGUGUAUCAAGUUAUUUGUUUCUUA